AUGCCGUACUCGGAGAUCCUCGGUCCUGUCUCCGCCAUCUCGGCCGCUCUCGAGUCCAAGGGCGUGCGCUUCGCGAUUGAAGGCAAGGCGGCGCUCUUGAUCGAGCUGUACACAUCGGUGAACUUGAGCAAACUGCAAGUCUUGCACGAGAUGCUCGCGACCCAGACUCCAAUCAGCAACAUGAUUAUCGACAUCUGGGUUGACCCGUCGGAUUCGCACAAACUGCGCCCGAUCUUCCCAAUCGUCCACUGGGACGGCCAAGAUACAUCGGUCUUCUACGGGUAUGCGCACAGAUGGUCCCAGAUGGCUGCGAGUGGCGACGCCGACUCAUUCCCGAUUCGCUUGAACCUCCGCCAAGCUGCCCCAGACACGAUUCAGCGUACGCUCUACGGGCCGGGACACUCGACGCGAGUCAUGCGACUACCGAUUCGCAGCGCCGCCGACCAACUCGUCGACUACUGCGCCACCAUCGUCGCUGCUGACCCGCUCAAACGGUGGCGCGGCUUUGCUGGUAUACUCAACAAGGAUGCGAUCCACCUGAUGGGGCUCAUCCUCAGGACAGCCGCUUCAAUUCCGCCGGCGCAGCGCGCCGCCUUCAGCCUCGGUCGUUGGUCGACCUGUACCUCUCACCAAACGCAUCGUUUCCCACAUGGCGACUAUGCAAAACUCGCUUGGGAACUCGAGACGAUCCUUGGCUGGCCAGAAUUCGUCCUCUGGGCGGCAGAGGAGGAUCGCAAGGGCGGCCAUCUCGGUACGGAGACGGAAGUUGAGGAGGCCUGGCAGAAGUACUCCGAAUUCCUCAAGCACAUUCUUGUAGGUGCGUCGUCGGGCAGGUGA